UUUUCUAGUCGUUAUUUGAAUAUUUAUUACAAUAUUUUACUUUGGUACUCAUAAUGUACCAUCAUUAUGUAUAUGUGUAGUCAAAGGCGAAAUUUGGUUCCAUGGAAAUUGAUCUGAUAGCCUACUAUGCUUUUGCGCACUUUAGCUAAAACGUAACCAAUAUAGUACACAUUUGAGUUAGCAAAAACGACAAAAAAAUGUAAAUAAUUAUUUUAAAGAAGAAAAGUGGCUGAAGUUGUCACUGCAAUAGUAUAAUUGACGGUUCGAAGGACAUUAGUGCCAUACUCCAUGGUUGUGUUUGAGCUUUGGCACCUGCCUUGGCCCAUGUGAUGCUCAGUAGCGCUGUUGCGCUCUAGUGCGCCAAAGCGCACCAAGGUGGCUAGGCAAGGCAAGGCAAGUCUCUUUGCCGUUUGGUUUCCAAGUAGUUUCGUCUUCUUUCUAGUUUCAAUCAGCUUUUUGUUCUAGGUUUCCAGAGCUAUACACUUUAGACAUGGCCUACUGUUGAUUAUGUUUGUUUGUCUAAUCAUUUGUGUUGUUAUUUUUCAACAGAGAACUCCCAUCUCCCAUAAAGUAAUAGAAAAAAGAAGACGAGAUCGCAUCAACCGCUGCCUAAACGAACUGGGGAAAACCGUGCCAAUGGCGCGCGCGAAACAGAACUCUGGAAAGCUGGAGAAGGCCGAGAUUCUGGAGAUGACAGUUCAGUAUCUACGAGCGCUCCACUCUGCAGACUUCCCCCGAGGCAGAGAAAAGGGUGAGCUACUGGGGGAGUUCGCCAACUACUUCCACUACGGCUACCACGAGUGCAUGAAGAACCUGGUGCACUACCUGACCACGGAGGAAAGGGUUGAGACCAAAGACAUCAAGUACGCAAGGAUCCUGGCCUUUCUUCAAUCCAAGUCCCGGGUCGCCACCGAGCCGGUUUUCGGCUCACUGGGCGCGUUUCCAGACCAGGCAGAUUAUCUGUGCCAGUUGCACUCCUCCCCGGAGUCACUCCAGAGUCACAGCCCCAACGACUCCGUGUUUCAGCAGAGCCCACCCGGACACUUCUCUUGGCACAGCACGGCGCGCAGCCCGACCAUCUCGUACCCAACGGUGCCGCUUUCCGCACCGACGCAACAGCACCAUGGUGGCUACCUGUCACCAGUGCAAGGACUUGACCAUCACUACUUCAACUUUUUCAACGGUCACCCGCACGCGAAUGCGUUCAGUUUGCACAGUACGCAACAUGCGUUGUAAAUAGAACCGGUUACCAUUUUGUGUUGUCUUUAUUUAUAUAUGUGUUCAUAAUAAAUACUUACAGAUUGUGGAUAUUGUAUACUGUACAAUACAUCUUUCUUUUUUAAAGAAAAGUAAAUGUUUAUUUCCCACA